AAGCGAAAGCAUAAUCCAAAAUUAUAGGCCCAGGUCAUAAACGGCCCAGAUUUGUUUACAUGACAAACCCGCGACCGCAUCAAGGAAACGAAACUCAAAGAACACUCUACAACUACGCUACGAAAUACUCCGUUCACUCCCGAAGAGCAGGCUCUGUGAAUGCGGAACUUUCUCGAACCCCGCCGUCUCUCCGUCUCAGGCAAAAGGUUUUCUUGAAAUCAAGUACGGGAGAUAGUGAAACAGUGGUUGCCAAAACAUCAGCGGUGAUGGGUUAUACAUCCGCAGGCUAUGCCGCCACUGGCUAUGCUGAUGCUGCGUCGAAUGCUGUUCCUGGUACCGUUGCAUAUUCAUCUGAGGCUGCUGGUAUUCCAGCAGAUGGAUCUUAUACCGCACCAAUUGAAGAAAAUGCUUAUAUUGGUGAUCUUAGUUCUGCUCCCAACGAAAGUCAGCCUGCUACUGAUGGCAAUGCUUCUGGUUCGGCUUUGAACGGGAGUGGUGUUAGUGAUGCAGUAAAUGUUGGAACGGUAGUCAGUGGAAAUGUUUUAGAUAAUGUCAGUGGAGCUUCUGGUGCAUCAGAUUUUGUAGAUGGUUCUGUGCUAGCUUUGUCUGGUGAAGAAGAACAUUUGUGGAGUAUUGUCAGAGCUAAUUCCUUGGAUUUUAAUGCAUGGACUGCUCUAAUUGAAGAAACAGAGAAGGCAGCAGAGAGUAAUAUACUCAAAAUCCAAAAGGUUUAUGAUGCUUUCUUGGCCGAGUUUCCUUUGUGCUAUGGUUAUUGGAAAAAGUAUGCGGACCACGAAGCUCGCUUAGGAUCAAUGGACAAGGUUGUGGAGGUUUAUGAAAGAGCAGUUAUGGGAGUGACAUAUUCAGUUGACAUUUGGUUGCUCUACUGUACCUUUGCUAUGGAAACAUAUGGGGAUCCUGAAACAAUUCGAAGGCUUUUUGAACGAGGAUUAGAGUAUGUUGGAACUGACUAUUUGUCUUUCCCUCUCUGGGAUAAGUAUAUUGAAUAUGAAUAUAUGCACCAGGAGUGGGGUCAACUUGCCAUGAUAUAUAGUCGGAUAUUAGAGAAUCCAAUUCAACAUCUGGAUAAAUACUUCAACGGUUUUAAAGAGUUAGCUGGAAGUCAACCUUUGUCAGAAUUAAGGACUGCUGAGGGAGCUGCUGGGGUUGCAGUUUCAGGGGCAGGUGGACAAGAAAACAAUGGAGAGGUUUCUCCUGAGGAUGCAGAACAAUCUUCCAAACCUGUAAGUGCUGGCUUAACAGAAGCAGAGGAGUUGGAGAAGUAUAUCGCCAUUAGAGAAGAGAUGUAUAAGAUAGCUAAAGAGUGUGAUUCUAAGAUCAUUGGUUUUGAAACAACUAUUAGGAGGCCCUACUUCCAUGUAAGACCCCUCAAUGUUGCUGAGCUUGAAAAUUGGCAUAACUAUCUGGAUUUUACAGAGAGGGAGGGUGACUUUAACAAGGUUGUAAAGUUAUAUGAAAGGUGCCUAAUUGCCUGUGCAAAUUAUCCUGAGUACUGGAUACGUUAUGUUUUAUGUAUGGAAGCAAGAGGAAGCAAGGAUCUUGCAGAUAAUGCUCUUGCUCGUGCAACACAAGCCUUUGUCAAGAGGCAACUGGAGAUUCACCUUUUUGCUGCUCGAUUCAAAGAGCAGAAUGGGGAUGUUGAAGGUGCUCGUGCUGCCUAUCAACUUGUGCAUACUGAAAUUUCACCUGGCCUUGUUGAAGCAAUUAUAAAGCAUGCAAAUAUGGAACAUCGUCUGGGGAAUCUUGAAGAUGCCUUCUCUUUGUAUGAGCAAGCUAUCGCCAUUGAAAAAGGGAAAGAGCAAUCUCAAACAUUACCAAUGUUGUAUGCCCAGUACUCUCGUUUUCUAUAUUUGAUCUCUGGUAAUGCAGAGAAGGCUAGGGAGAUUCUAUUUGGGGCCCUGGAGCAUGUCCAACUGUCAAAACCAUUUCUUGAGGCAUUAAUGCAUUCUGAAACAAUUCUGCCACCUCCUAGGCGGAUUGAUUACUUAGAUUCUUUGGUUGACAAAUUUUUAGUGCCUAGCUCAGAUAACCCAUCAACUGCAAGCACUGCUGACAAGGAAGACAUAUCAGGCAUCUUCAUGGAGUUCUUGGGUCUCUUUGGAGAUAUACAGUAUAUCAAGAAGGCAGAAGAUCGGCAUACCAAGUUCUUUUUACCUCACAAGCCAAUAUCAGAGUUAAGGAAACGUCAUGCAGAAGAUUUUCUAGCAUCGGAUAAGACAAAAUUGGCAAAGUCUUACCCUGGUGCCCCUGUUGCUGCCCAGCCUUUGAUGGGUGGUUAUCCCAAUGCUCAAAACCAGUGGCCUGCUGCUUAUGGUGUACAGCCUCAAACUUGGCCAUCUACAACACAGGCACAACAGUGGGCCCCUGGAUAUAGCCAACCGGCUGCAUAUGGCGCAUAUGGUAGUUAUGGUGGCAAUUAUGUUACUCCACAAGUGCCCACAUCAGUGCCACCAAGCACUGGCUAUGCUGCUUAUUCUUCUACAUAUCCUGUUCAGAGCUACCCCCAACAAAGCUAUGCACAGCCAGCUGCUGCCCCGACAUUAAACCCAGCUCAGCAACCCGCAUCAGCCCCUCAGGCCUAUUAUGGAACUUACUACUAAGGUGGCAUGGACACGUCAGCCACCAUUUUGGUCAUCUGUAAUUAUUCUCUCUAUCAUUGGGAAUCUGUAUGCUCAGCCUGACCUAUAACUCAAUUUUUAACUUGAGAGCAUUAGACUUAGAACCUUCUCCGAGGAUUGGCAGCUAGUGAAACUGAUAAGUGAUGUGUUCUAUAGUUGACAGUGGCAAAUUGUAUUUUAUUAGUUUUAGGUAGAGUGAUGCUUUGCUACCAAUUUCAGAUAGCAUUGUAACGUUUCAUAAACUAGUAGCUUGUAUAUCCAAGGUUGUUUUAUCCAACAUCAAAAGAAGAUUUUCGGCCUCAUUUGAUGUUCUUAUCUCUGGAGGUUUGCAAAUAUGUCUGGAUUCCUGUUUCUCCCAGAAAUUGGAAAUGUUUUUACUAGUUUACACUGGUAAGAAAAACGUUGGUCUUUG